AUGGUGCCUAGCAACGUCGGCGGCGAGGGCGGCGGGGGAGCCGGCUCGCGCAGUUCCGCAGGUCUUUCUGGAAGAGGCCUCAUGGCAGACCCCAGAGAGGGUACCCGGCAGCUUCCUCAAGCUCCCUCACAGCACAUCCCAAAGCCACGGGGAACUCCACUCCCAAAGGAGACCAUACGGCGCAUCUUUGGGACCAGCCAGGCAUUCCAGAGCUUUGAGGAAACGAGACCAACAAUCGCUGGGUUAACAGUUCCCCUCAAAGUCAGGGAGUACCACCACCGAGGCUACAGGUGCCUGGAGCGAGAAGACUGGGAGACGGCGGUGCUGUUCUUCUCCCGUGCCCUCCACCUGGACCCCCACCUGGUAGACUUCUAUGCCUUAAGAGCCGAAGCGUACAUCCAGCUCUGCGACUUCUCCUCCGCCGCCCAGAACCUGCGACGGGCCUACUCCUUCCAGCCAGAGAACACUAGGUUCCUGAACCGGCUCACCUUGGUGCUUUACCUGCAGGGCCAGUGCCUGUUUGAGGAAUGUGCCUUUCUGGAAGCCCUGAAUGUCUUCUCGCAAGCCUUUGAGCUCCAGCCCGAGAAAGCCUGCUUCCGUUACCGAUGCAUGGCCUGUCUCCUGGCACUCAAUCAAUAUCAGGACUGCCUCUCACUUGUCACCAAGGAGGUGAAGCACGGCACAACCAAUGCUGAUGUCUACAUCCUCAGGGCCAGGCUCCAUAACUUCCUGCAGAAGCCCUACCUCUGCUAUCAAGACCUGCACAGUGCCUUGCUCUUGGAUCCCCAGCACCCACAGGCCAGGGCGCUGCUCAGGAUGAUGGUAGACCAGGCCCAGAAGUCAUAUCGAGAUGCCAGGAUCCUAGCUGUGCAGGGCAAGCUGCAGCGUGCACUGCAGUGUGUCAACUGUGCCAUCGACAACAACCCUUUGGACCCCAGCCUCUUCCUCUUCAGGGGCACCAUGUACCGCCGGCUCCAGGAAUUUGACGCCGCCGUGGAGGACCUCUUGAAGGCGCUGGACAUGAUGACCACGCACCAGGAGGACAUGGUGCGGCAGGCGCAGCGCCAGCUCCUGCUGGCCUACAACGACUUCGCUGUGCACUGCUACACGCAGGGCGCCUACCAGGAGAGCGUGCUGCUGCUCAACAAGGUCCUCAAGGACGAGCAGCAGGAGAAGGGCCUGUUCAUCAACCGCGGGAUUGAACCUGCAACCUUGAGGCAGUUCCAGAAGGCGGAGAACCACUUCUCAAUCGCCAUCCAGCACAACCCCCAGACAGCUCAGUACUACCUGCACCGUGCCAAAAGCCGGCAGCUCACACAGAACAUUUUUGGGGCCCGCCAGGAUGUUGCAACUGCCCUGCUCCUUGACCCUAAGCAACCAAAGCUGCUCCCGCUGAUGGCCACCCUCUUCCCGGGCAUGACAGCGGAGGAGGUGCUUAGCAGCCAGGUGGCCCAGCUGGCCGGCCUGCAGCUGAGCCGGGUGAUGGAGAGCAGGCUGGAGGACAGCAUCUCUCAAGGCAUCGUGGGGCAGCUCAGGAAGCGGGAACUAGAGCGCCAGAAGGCCCAGGCCCUGCAGCUCUCGUGCAAGCAGGAACAGCCUUUGUGUGUGACCCCUGAGAACCUGGACUCUACUCCCCAGACCCUGCAGGCAGAGCCAAAACACCCACAGGAGGCUGUGGGUGCCAAGGAGGAGAAGCCAGAGCCCACUCCUAGCAAGGUGAGGUCCCUGUCUGACAGCUACCUCCAACAGACCUCUUCAGGCUCCACUUUGGCCUUCAGGACCCUGUCUGCCUCAGAGACGGAGACGUCCACUACCUCUCAGGAAUACAGGAGCACCUCAGACACCACUGCAACAUUCUCUGAUUCCUCACUGCUGAAAACUCAAUCCUUAGACUUGGAAAACAACAGGGAAGACCUAAGCCUGAUAAUCAGCCCCAGAAAAACUAAGGUUUCCUGGGACCAGAGCCAAAAGUCCAGCAAGAUGGAGGCCAUUCAGAGCCUCCAAGCUCUGACAAGCAAGACUGAGGCCACCCAAGCCCUACAUCAAAAGCCCAGCAAGACCAAGGCCACCCAGGGCCCACGGCAGAGGUGCAGAAAGACCAAGGUUGCUCAUAGCUGGAGCCGGAGACCCAGCAAGAUUGAGAGCACCCAAGGCCAGAGCUGGGGACUGAUUCGAAGUUCCAGCAAGACCAAGACUGCCUAUGACCCAAUUUGGAGCCCUAGCAACACUGAGGACAUCCAGGGCCAGGGCCAGAGGCCCAGCAAGAUCAAUGCUCCCCAGAGCUGGAACCAGAGCACAGGCCCAGAAUCCAGCAACACCAGUGUCACCCAGGACAUGAGCCAGAACCCCAGCCAAAUCCAGGAUGGCCAGAACCCCAGCCCUGGCAGUUACACCGCUCUCUGA